GCAAAAUAGCCCCUUUCCAGAUCUGGUUGACCAGAGUCGCAGUUACAGUGGUCUAGCCGCAAUUGCAAAGCUUUGAAUUGAGUGAGAGAUCGGUGUGCUGUGCCCCAGCCGUGAUUCGAAUGGGGACUUAGUUGGGUCCAGUGGAUCUCAAUGCCCUCGAGCCUGCAAAGGUUUCUGGCGGAGUUGGAGUCAGCAGCAGAAGAUCGGACGAGGGCACAAAGAGAUGGAUUGCGUGUUGGUGGAAAAAAGGGUAAAUCACGUCGGGAGAAUAGAAACAAGAGGGGGACGAUGAUGAUUUCAAAUUGGGCGAGCCAGAGAAGUGGACUUCCAAGGUCGUGUUGUGCUGGUCAGAUGAAAUUGAGUCAAGUAGUGUUGGGUCACAAAAAUAAAGGUUCAUUUUUAGGCACAAUACUUAAGCCGCACAUAACUGCCCUCGGAGCUGCUGCACUAUGGUGUUGUGCUCGGAUCCUCCAAUGGCAACCAGGGUCAAACCUCUCCGCCUUGCUGCGGUCAAUUCUAUCUUUCUCUCUCUCUCUGUCACCGUCACCGUCACCGUCACCGCCACCGUCACAUGGCUCCUUAUUCUCUCAGCUUCGCGAUAGAUGAUCAUUGGAUCUUGCUUGAAUUAGAAUUGCCCAAUGGACCUUGGGACGCACAAGCCUUGGAGUCUGCGGCUGUCGCAUUGCGUCUUAUCUACCCCGUUGCCACGCGAUCGAAUCGUAAUCUUUCACGGCGCAUG